GUUGAUCCCAAGUAUAUGAGCCGCACAAGCUUUGACCAGGACAAUUGGAUCCUGCGACUUCACCACGUUCACAUCAAGGACAAGGGCUUAUAUCAAUGUUUCAUCCAUCACAAAAGGCCCAAAGAACUUGUUCACCUCUACCAGAUGAAUUCUUACCUAUCAGUGCUUGCUAACUUCAGUCAACCUGAAAUAAUACCAAUUUCUAAUAUAACAGAAAAUUCUGACACAAAUUUGACCUGCUUAUCUAUACAUGGUUACCCAGAACCCAAGAAGAUGUAUUUUGUGCUAAAAACUGAGAAUUCAUCUACUGAGCAUGAUGGUAUAAUGCAGAAAUCUCAAGAUAAUGUCACAGAACUGUACAACGUUUCCAUCAGCUUGUCUGUUUCAUCUCUUGAUGUUACAAGCAAUAUGUCCAUAUUCUGCAUCCUUCAAACUGAGCAAAUGGAGACACAGCUCAUCUCCCUACCCUUCUAUAUAGAACUCCAUGAUCCUGUCCCACCCAAAGACUACAACCCCUGGAUUGGAGCUGUGCUUCCACCAUCAAUCAUAGUAUGUGGGCUGCUGUUCAUUCUAAUAGGAUGGAAGAGGAAGAAGAAGAAGCAGCCUGGUGUCUCUCAUGAGUGUGGUGAGUCAGUCCUUGAGAGGGAAGAGAAUGAACAGACCGAGGAAAGAGUAAAAUUCCAUGUACCGGGAAGAUCUGCUGAGGAAGCCCAGUGUGCUGUUAAGAGUUCAAAGACACCCUUAGGCGACAAAAGUGCUACACAUUUUUAA